AUGGACAUGCACGGACGCCUCACCUUCCUCCUCCUCCUCCUCAGCCUCCGUGCCUCAGGGCGUUAUGAGGGCAUCACUGGGACAUAUCCAGACACCAGUGGUGCAACCCUGGAGCACACAGGGACAUCUCUGGGGGUUCCCCAGGGCAUUGCCGGGAGACACCCGGCAGGCUGGAGUGACACUUGUCUCUUUGCAGGGACUGUCGUCAGAGCAGCAGCCCUGCCCGACCUGCCACGUGUGGUGGCCCUCAGCGAGGACGCGGCACCGGGCACCCGCGUGGCCGAGGUGACCGUGUCCUGCAGCAAUGCGAGCGGCAGCCCCAAUGUCACCCUGCACAGCAUCGAGCCUGGCCACCCCUUCAACCCCAUCGCCAUCAGCGCUGACCCUGUGGCCGCCGCCACGUUUCAUGCAGAGGUGACACUGCGUGCCGGUGCAGAGCUUGAUGCCCAUCGGGUUAACCAGUACACCCUGACCCUGCGGGCUGCUUGUCCCGGGGAGGAUGAGGUGGAAGAGCAGCUCUUUGUCCGGGUGACGGCAGAACUGGCGCUGCGCUGUGACACGCCCUUCACCAGCGCGGGGGGAGAUGUGGUGCAGGUGCUGGCGGACGUGGCACCCUGGACACCCCUGUACGCAGUGCUGCCGCAGCCGCUUGGCGGGCUGACGUUCAGGCUCCAAAACCACGACACACCACUCAUGCUCACCCGCAGGGGCCUGGUGCUGGCGCCUGCCAGUGGCUUCGACCCCAGCAAGGACAACCAGACAUUCAGGCUGGAGAUCGAGGUGACAGACCGCCACGGGCACAACUGCAGCGGGGCCGUGAGGGUGGAGGUGCUGCCAUCGCGCCGUCCCCGUGUCACCUUCCUUGAGCCAGAGCGGGACGUGACAGUGCUGGAGAGCACCAGACCCUUGGAGUUGGUCACUCAGGUUCAUGCUAGUGGUGACAAUGUCCGUUAUGCCAUCCUUGCUCCUGUGGUGCCUGCACUCUUCACCAUCAACGAGGUGACGGGUGAGAUCCGCAGCACCCGCCGGCUGGCGGUGGCCCACACACGCCUCCUCGUCCGGGCUUACAACGCGCUGCGCCCUGCCGACCACGCCACCACCACGCUCAACAUCACAGUGCAAGGGAUAGACCAGCAGGCUCCGAGCUGCAUCCCAGCCAUCUCUGUGUCCCAGGUGCCCGAGACGGUGUCCCCUGGCAGCACCCUCGUGACACUGAGGUGCACCGACUCCUCUGGCACUGAGGGGUCUCUGCAUUAUGCCCUUGAGGAGUCCCCUGCCUCCCAAUCCCGCUUCCGCAUGGAGGGGCCACAGCUGCAGGUCAAUGCCACCCUGGACUAUGACUCAGAGGCCGUGGCUGCUGUGGGGUUCCAGUUCACGGCCACCGUUGUGGUGACGGCGGGAGGGCAGCCCCCACGGAGCACCCGUGUGCCCGUGCUCGUGACAGUGACACCCGUCAAUGAAUUCACACCGGUGUGCCCCAACGGUACUGCCUUCACCGUGCCGGAGACAGCGGCUUUCGGCAGCGUUGUGGGGCGUGUGGCUGGCACCGACCGUGACUACCCACCAGACAGCCUCGAGUACAGCCUGGAGGGGGGCCCUGAUCCUGCGCAGCCUUUCUCCAUUGACACACGCACUGGUGAGAUCCGCGUGGUGGGACCCCUUGAUUCCCAGCAGCACAAGAGCUACAGGCUGACGGUGCGGCUGACAGAUACCCACAACGACCUGGACCUGGCAAAGCGUCGGAGCCGCCUGUGCGACGUGGCCGUGCGCCUGCAGGCCGUGCCGGACCAGCCGCCGGUCUGCACUCCCGAGGUGCAGGAGCUGCGGAUCACGGCCGGGUCGGGUGGCCGCCAGCCCGUCACCCGCCUGGCAUGCCAGGGCAGCCCUGACAACGCUGUGCUGGCAUACGCCAUCACUGGAGGCAACGAGGACGGACGCUUUCGGCUGGAGGGGAACACUCUCUUCUACCUCCCCGAUGACCUGGCUGAGCCCUGCACCUUUGUGCUGCUGGUGGAGGUGUGGGUCAGCUCCAGUAUCCCCCGCCGCAGCACCAUGGUGGCACUGGUGGUGCAUGUCACCCCCCGGAGCACCCUGGUGCCACCCACCACCACCACCCAGCGCACGACACUGCGGAAGGAGCCGCUGGUUGUCACGUGGACAGAGUCGGUGUGGCACCCGCCGGCCUGGUUUGUGGCCGUGCUGACUGUCUCUGGCAUCCUGCUGCUGGCCACCCUGGGCUGCACAGCAUGGAGCCUGCUGUGCAGCAAUCAAGACCCUGGCAAGCUGGUCCUGGGCAAGAGCUCCUGGAAUGUGGUGGAGCAGAGAGGAGACGAGAAGGAUCAGGGCCACCUCCAUGCUGGCAGCCCAGGGCAGUUUGACGGCCGUGCCCAGGACCCAUGCACAGGCAGGGACUAUCUCUUCAACAGCGUGACUGGGGCACGGCGCUGGAUCUGAGUGACGUGACUCGGUGAGGGGCUCCCUGUGACCCACAGCUCCCUGCAGACCAUGCC